GGGGAGUGUAUUGGCCUGGGCUAAAAACCGUGGUAGAAGCUCACAAUGAUGAAGUCUUAUGCUUCAUGAUGCUACACACAAUAAAGCUUUACCGAAAUGAAAUUGUGGUCAAAUUGAAUGAUAAACAAGGACCAGCUCUAGCUCUUUAAAAAUUGAUCCCAGGUUCAGGUUUACGACAACCUUGGAAACCGUGAACUCAAGUGGUUGCAGUGGCGUCAGUCCAGGAAUCGGACCCAAUCUCCUUGUCAAUGGUAGACUGAUAUAUACAUGGGAUGAUGAUGGGAAAGAGUCGGAGAUUAAAUAACUUACUUUCUGUUAAUACUAUUGACUGAAAGUAGCAUUUUUUAUCUAAAGGCUCAAGAAAGAAAGAAAUGAAGGUUUAUAGUUUAUCAUGAAAUUGGUUUCACACGAAAUUGAAUUUUUAGAUAUGAAGUUUGUUGGCAGAGAAGCAGAACAAAAUUUGUUGUUAUUUGUUCGUUAUUCAAUAUCGAUUGGAUUAGCCGUCGACAGGAAAUCCGAAGAAUAGUGAAAUCUGGAAUAGAAAUGUCAAAUUUGUAGAUAAUCUUCGAAUACUAUGGACUGGCGAUCAGUGGAUGAUUAAGGGCCUAAUGGACAACUGAAAAUAUCAGCCAUACUCUCUGGGUUUGUGUCGGAUUCACAGAUCGCGGCCUAAUAUUUUCACGAGCAUGUUUAAUGGAGGGCUAUAGUUUAUAGUGCGCCAGUUUCUGAACAAUUGCUGCUGGUAUAAGUAUAUUUUUCAAUAAUCAUCAGACUCGAAUAUGAAUGCAGCAAAACCACCCAUCUAUCGACCUAAAACCAAAGGGAGUGGUGGGUAUGAUGCAAAAGUGGUUGGAGAGAAGAAGACGAUCAGCAGUCUGCGAAGGAAUCUAAGUAUACCUGAUGUGAACAUUCCAGAUAACAGGCAUGAGCUGUGUAUUCCAGGUGUACUUGAGAGAUCAACAAGCCUCACAUCGUUAAGUAAUAUCAGGGAUGCAAGAUUAUCGAUCAAAAGCCUUAGUGCCAGCAAUCUGCUUGCCCUAUCCGAUCCUAAUUUGUCUAUCCAAGAAGCAAAGCCUAAAAGGUUUUAUGAUUCACCUACAAAUAAUUGGGCAAAACAGAAAGCAGAGUACACUGCUCAUGCACAGAAAUACUUCUAUCAACUAACUAAAGGUUGCAGAAAAGAAAAUUGUUAUAACAAGUUUUGCAAGUCAUCAAAUGAAAAUGUGAUGAUUAAGUUCAAUUACAAUGAAAAUGUAGCUAUUGUUUUAAGCAUAGAACUGGCAAAGACUGGGCAUAAAUAUUUGUGUUCUAAUUGCAAACAAAAAGGAAAGAUAUUUCCAAAAAAAUUGCUUGAACAGACAAAUAGAGAAAAUAUUCCAUUUCUUUGUUUGUUGUCAACAACAAGUCCCUUCAAAAGCCUUUAUUAUGAAUGCCCUAUGGUUUCUUCAGAAGUUUGUGGUGAUAUCAAGCUCUUUAAUAGAUCUCUUAGUCAUGGAACUUUGAAGCAUGAUUCUCACAGCAGUCAGUCGUACAGGGAAAAGCUUUCAUUAGGAGUCUCAAACAUGGCAAGGACUUUGUCUUCAAGCAUAUCCUCACUUUGGAGUAACCACAGAACACCAUCACUUACACCUCUAGCAAGUAGAUCUGAUCAGGCUGAUGGAUUAAAUUUGAAAGAGAAAUCACUAGCAGCCAGUUCAUCAAGUUGUACAAAAAUAUUUGGAAGUGACAACUAUGUUUCUGAUGAAUUUGAUGAUUUGAAAGAGUUUGAAAUGUCAGUAGCAUCAGAAAUGAAUAGGACUUCGAUAAAACCUGAAGCAAAUGAGUUUUCCUUAACACACUUAACUUUAGAGAUGGUAGAUCAUGUUCUUGAAGACUUUUUGGAAUGUGGUGAUGAAUCAUUCUUGCUCAGUACAUUAAGGACAGUCUUUUCUUCUUACGAAUCUCUAAGUGUCAGUUUUUUGAUAAAUGAAACAUUUUCAUCAUAUGGUCAUAUGAGAGAAGUUAACAGAAAUGAUGUUAAGCUUGCAUAUGAGAAGAUACUGUUACAUGACAAUGGUACCUUUUUCAAAACUAUUUUGGAUUCAGUUAGGAUUCUAUGCUCAGAAAUGUUGGAUGAUUGCCAGAAGAUUGAAUCUGCAAAUCAUUUCAUAAUCAUCUUGGAUUUACCAAUGUUGUUUGAAACAGACUUACCUUAUGUUCUUGUGGAUAUAUUCAAAGCCUUACCAAUGUCUGCAAGGCGAAAGUUAGUAGAAGGUCUCUCAAAGUAUGAUCCAUCAAGUUUCCAAAGAAUCCUGAAGGGAUUCAAAUCUUUGCUCAGUUCUCUAAUGAUGGAAAAAGUGGUUUCAGACGCAAACAUACUGUCACUUUGUAAUGUAAUGAAAAUUCUCAAUGAAGCCAAUUACUGGAUGAAUUCUGAAAAGCUCAUAGUUCCUGGUGCAGAAUUUUACAGUGAAGAGCUAUCAAAUUCUCUUGAUAUAAAGAGAGAAUAUCAGCACUGGCAAAAUUUAAUUCAUCCAGAAAUUGGAAGGUCAGGGAUGGCUCGCUCUACAUCGUGGUCCAAUCUUGAAGUCUCAGGAUCAAUAUUAGAAUACCCUUUUCUUCUAAAACCUGAAACCAAGGUGCAUUUGAUUCAUUAUGAAGCUAUCAAUGAAAUGAGAAAAGAGUAUCAAGCUGCUAUAUUGCAUCAAGCAAAAGUACAGACUGUUGAACGUGCCCUGAAUGGAAUGUCAGACAAUUCAGCAUAUUCUAAGGAUGUAUGGAGAGCUAUGUGCCCAUACUUGGUACUUGAGGUGAGAAGAGAGUUUCUAGUGGAAGAUGCUUUGGAGCAGCUGCAGAAGAAGGUGAAUGACUUGAAAAAACCACUGAAAAUUAAAUAUAUCGGAGGUGGUGAGCAAGGUCUUGACAUGGGUGGACUUCAAAAGGAGUUCUUCCAAUUAUGUGUACAGAAACUUUUUGACCCAGCGUAUGGGAUGUUCUUGAAGUGCGGAGAGACCAGGAAUGUUUGGUUUAACCCACAGUCAUUUGAACCUAGCGCUAACUUUGAAUUGACUGGUAUGAUUCUCGGGCUUGCGAUUUACAAUGGUAUCAUUUUGGAUGUACCUCUUCCUGGUGCACUUUAUGCAAAACUUAAAAAGCAGAAGACAACACUGAAAGAUUUGUGGGGGAUCGAGCCAACAAUUGCAAGGAGUCUCACCGAGCUGCUUCAAUAUGAUGGAAAUGUUGAAGAGGAUUUAUGCUUAGACUUUCAGAUAACUGAGUCAUAUCUUGCAUCUACACAACCAAUCGAUCUGCUGCCAGGGGGUAAAGAUAUUCCUGUGACAAGAAAAAAUCGGAACCUAUACGUUGAAUUGUAUGUCAACUACUUGUUAGAUGAAAGAAUUGGAAAGCAGUUCGAUUCAUUUGCAGCUGGUUUUGCAAAGGUUUGCAACGGUGAUGCAAUCCAGUUAUUUCGAUCAGAUGAGUUGGAAUUACUGAUUUGCGGUAGUCCAGAAAUUGAUUUUUCUCAACUUGAGGAAGUAACCACAUACAUCGAUGGAUUCACGGAAGACCAUUCUUUGAUAAGACAUUUUUGGCAUGUUGUGAAUAAUUUCACACAAGAGCAGAAGAAGAGAUUGUUGUCAUUUGUGACUGGAAGCGAUCGUGUGCCCCUUGCUGGGCUAACAUCAAUUUCAUUUAUCAUUCAAAGGAAUGGACCAGAUACUGACAAUUUACCAACGUCAAUGACUUGUUUUAACAGGCUUUUACUACCUGAAUAUAAGGAAAGCAAGCUCAAAGGAAAGCUUCUUAUAGCAAUAGAGAAUGGCAAGGGUUUUGGACUUACAUGAGCUAUGAAAAUAAACCCUGGGGGCUUUUAACUUGCAUGCUUUCAAAAGAACAUUUUGCUGGUUUUGAUUUGGAAGCAAAGUUGCACUUGUUAUUUAUAAAGAAUCGUGUAAAUGUUUAUUCAAGCACCAAACAAAAUGCGAUCUGAUUAGAGGAGGACUUUAGGUGUUCAGGUAUCAUACCUGUUUUCGUUGAAUGAAAUAGCCUGAAAAUUCCCCCAUUCUACACAUCGAAUAUCCUUCAUGAUAGGAUAUAAGAGAUGAGGCUGUAAGAGAUGUGCCUUGAAGAAAUUUUUUACAGUGUCAGAUGAAUUGUCACAGACUGAGCCUCUUUCGCAAGUUGUUGUGAUAUUGAGAUAUUGAUCAUCUAAAUGAGACUAUUAAUGUGGAACCCCACGGCCUAUUUUUUAUUAGCUUUGUUUUGGCAGAAAUUGCUACCCUUCGGUUUGAACCCACUUUAUGAACUGGUGAAAAGGUGCUGGUGUCUUUGAAAAUACUUUUAACUAGCUUUAAUUAUUGACGACCGUAUAUCUAGUUUGCAUAAUACCAAAGAGUAGAAACGACACUUCUGUUCUGGGGGUAAUACCCCCUCCCUCCCCAUUGCACACGUCGCUGUUCUUACAGGCCAGAUAAAUAUUUUCGCUACUUUUAUGUUUGUCUAGUAAUGAGUGAUUAGAUUUUGGAGCGAAUAAUAUGUUUUCUGUUUAGAUGAGUUACAGUUUAAUAUGUAUUCUAUUGAGAAUUUAACUCGAAACUUUUUUUCUAUCUAGUUCCCAUCGUUGGAUAAACUAGUUAUUUAGUUGUGCAAGCUACAGCUCCUUCUUUAAAUGGAGAUUUCCUCUACGUAAAUACAAAAGGAAAAGAAAGAUUUACGUCUCCUUCAUUUCUCAGUCGAUGAUAGUUUGUCUCGUAGAUGGAAGUGGAUUUUCAAACAGGUUAAUUUUUUUCAAUUUUUGUUUUAAAAACCUUUGGUAAAUUUAAUAAAAGCGACUUUGUCCAUGUCCUGAUAAGAAAUUAUAUACAUGCAAAGCGAUCUGCUGGCUUACCACCUUUAGAAGUUUUCUUUCACUGUCUAGUUUUAUUAUCAGAAAACGAAUUUCUGUCUGAUAGAACAUUAAUUUUGCGUGCCCAAACCACAAUACUGAUUCUAAAGUUUUGGGCCACAGUGAUGCAGUUAGUGCAUAAAACUGCAGUUAGUGUGGAAGAAAAGUGUUUCGGAUAUCUCAUUCUGUGGUUUUGCAGUACACCAGAAGGACUUUUAAUAUGUUGCAGGUGAACAAUUUAUUGUUGAAAAGGCAGCAAUAUUAUAAUAUGUGUAGUACGCGAGUCAUCUAGUAUCUUAAUUUUGAUAAUUUGUGCACCUAAAUCGACCAACAAUACGAUGUUCCGUCGCUGGCUCCUAUGAUAAAGUGGGGCGUCCAGGUUUCUUUUUUUGAAGGGGCGUGUCACAUCCAUACCUACCCUUCGUUAUUCUGCAGGAAAAGGUUGUCAGAAAUUGUUCUUCAAAAAUGGGUCGUCUCGUGUCUAAAUUUCUUUAACUACAUUCUAAUGAUUUAAAAACAAGAACAAUACAGCCUCAAAAUUUGUUUAAAUAUAAGGACUACAAGCCUGAGCCUCGGUUGAUGUGAUAUAUAAGUGUGUUAGAAGAAAAAUAAAUUUAGUUCGAAAACCAAAUAAUAAACAUUUUGCAAACAAGACAAAGAUUUAUUGCCAAAAAGGAAAAGUUACUGUUUUUAUGUAUUGUCUUAUAAUUUUGCAGUUGGGGUUUUUCUGACCAGGAGUAGGGAAACUUGGUGAUGGCAGACAGCGUCAUUUCCGUGUUCUGCUCAACAUAGGGAAAUUCCCGGCAAAGGAUAUUAGACAACAAUGGCAAUAGACAACAAUGGAUAUUUCGAGCAUUUUCCUACCCACAAGGGCCGUCGGAAGCUGGGGGCUACAAUAAUUGUCAAGCUACUGAAUGGGAGCAAACAAUGGACAGCCCCCCAUCCUAAUAUAAAUUUCGUUCCAACGGCACUGCCCACGGCUUGUGCAUCUCAAAAAUGGAGGGGG